UCAGUCUCAUAUAAAGCAACUUGAAUUGGAUCAAAAGGAAUGUGUACCUAAAUUGUAUGGUGGAUCUCGAACAUCUUCGACUAAAGUGAUGUUACAUAUAACUAUCCAACCUUCGAUGAAAGAUAGAUUAAUAAUACUACAAGCCAAAUACAUAAUUAGAACACUACAACUACCUGAUGAUACCUUGAUACAAAAACUACUGCCUCUUUUACAAACAUCUGCAAGCCGCUCACAAUGGUAUAAAUUAUUCUCCAAUCCUCUUUGGCAAAAAAUGUGAACC